GCCUGGCUUGAGCAGAAGAGCGCCGCUUCGCAGCUGCCCGACAUGCAGACUGCGGCCGACCAGGAGAUGCUCGACAGCCGGCCAGCCGAUGCAAUCUCGGAAGAUCAGGCAGAGGCACGCGAGGAAGCGAGUCAUGCCAUGGCCGACCUGGCCCAAGGCCAUCAUCUCUCAAAUGGAUCAGCCGGCGCGAACCAGCUCAUGCAAGGCAUCUCUGCAGACGCACUCGCCGUCCUACCCGGUGCAGAUCUUGGCCCGGACGAUCUGCCGUCUGCGGCUGCACACGCUGCGCUCUAUCGUCCGCUCAACGUCAAGGAUGCCCUGUCGUAUCUGGACGACGUCAAGCUGCGCUUCCGCGACGUGCCCGAGGUCUACAACCGCUUUCUGGACGUCAUGAAAGAAUUCAAGACUCAAACGAUUGAUACGCCCGGUGUCAUUGCACGGGUAUCGACGCUCUUCAAAGGUCAUCCGGCUCUCAUACAGGGCUUCAACACCUUUCUACCGCCCGGCUACCGGAUCGAGUGUCUGCCCAAUGCCGACGGCACCCAGUCAGAGUGGAUCACCGUCAUCACUCCGGAAGGCACGACCCGGAUCCAGGGUGGCCUGUCUCUGGACGAGACGACCGCCAGCUUGCAUCUCGGCUUGAUGCCACAGGGACCACCCGAGCUGGACGGGCACACCACUCCCGGUUUUGCUACCCCCGGCGCGGCAAACGUACUCAACGCUCUCUCCCAUCCCUUCAAUAUACCUACAGGAGGUGGUACACCGACCAUGAUGGGCGCGCCAGGGCUUCUGCCGGGUACUCCGGGUGGCAAGGCGCCUAUCGAGUUCAAUCAUGCCAUCACCUACGUCAACAAGAUCAAGAACAGAUUCGUUGGCGAGCCAGAUACCUACAAAAAGUUCCUCGAGAUCUUACAAACCUAUCAAAAGGAAGGAAGGCCGAUUCAGGAUGUAUAUGCGCAAGUGUCUGGCCUGUUCGGUCAUGCAGAAGAUCUUUUAGACGAAUUCAAACAGUUUUUGCCAGACCCGGCUCAGCCCCAGGAGGAUAAUUAUUUCGGCACGCCCGGCCAAGACCCAUCGAAUGCUGGCGCGUCUGGCAUGUAUGACCCUCACGCAGCUCUUCCAGGCCGAAGCGCGAGUGCGCAUAGGCAAAAGUCAGACGGUCCUCCGCCUGCCAAGAAGAAACGCUCUGCUAGACCGGCGGGAUCCCAGCUUGAAGAUGCGAAGGGGCGCCCUCGAAAGCGAAAGCCCCCGACGACGGCGAUGCCGCAAGAGCCGAUGCCUUUGCCCGAGCCACUCUAUGCUCCUCCGCUGCCCACUAGAACCAUGCCACCUGCUUAUAAUUUGUCUAAUUAUGGUGUGCAGCUCCCGCAUCACCUGCCGAUUAUUCCACCCGUUCCACCUCCGAUCGAAGCUGACGAAUCGUCGUUCUUCGAAAGGGUUGCAAAGUGGAUAGAUGACAAGAAGACAUAUCACGACUUUCUCAAACUGCUCAAUCUGUUCGCACAAGAUUUGAUCGAUUUGCCCGCCCUCGUGUCUCGAGCCUACCUGUUCCUAGGUCAAAAUCCAGAUCUUUGGGCCCAAUUCAGAGGUAUAGUAGGCUGGAACGAUGGCUACGCUGGCCCGGGUCGAGUGCUGCAAGAGACAGGCGAAUGGGUCAUCACCAACGUGCCCACUGCAGACACAAGCUGGACAGAUGCAGGCCAGGCCGAUUCUGCUAAAUUUGGACCAAGCUAUCGCAAGCUACCCAGCACCGCACGAGAAGUGAACCAACCCUGCUCGGGGCGUGAUGCACUAUGCUGGGAUGUGCUCAAUGACGAACUCAUCUCACAUCCUACCUGGGCGGCAGCAGAUGACGGCUUCUUCAUCGCGCACAAAAAGAACACGUGGGAAGAAAAUCUGCAGCGGUCAGAGGAGGAGCGUUUCGAAUAUGAUUUCCAUAUCGAGGCCAACGCUCGUACGAUAGCUUUGCUGGAACCGAUAGCUGCUCGUAUCCAGCUCAUGGAUCCCGAAGAUCGCAUUCCGUUCCGGCUAAAGACGGGCUUAGGCGGUCAAUCGAAGAGCAUCUAUCAGCGCGUAGUCAAGAAGGUCUACGGUAAAGAGCACGGCGUCAACGUCAUCCAUGCGCUUCAUGAGAAUCCUUGCGUCGCAGUACCGAUCGUGCUCGCCCGACUCAAGCAAAAGGAUGAAGAGUGGAAGCGAGCUUUGCGCGAGUGGAAUCGAGUGUGGCGCGAGAUUGACGCCAAAAACUUUUUCAAGUCACUCGAUCACAAGGGUGCCGAAGCAAAGGUCCAGGACAAAAAGGCGGUACAGAUGAAGACAUUUGUCAGCGAGAUAGAGACCAUUCGUAGGGAGCAACAGCAACGCAGUCUGAUUGGCUCGCUUGAUCGCGAACAGCCGCCGACGCAGCAGCUCGCUGCUCAGAUAGAAGAUAGCAGCAUACUCUUUGACAUUGUCAAGCUCUCGCUCUCCUAUCUAGAUCGCGUGUCGGCGACUGGCUAUUCACUCCUCGACAAAUCUCGCAUCGAAGCAUUGCUCAAGCUCUACCUCCGGGAUGUCUUCCUCAUACCACAGCUCGAGGUCGAUAAGAACAUACAAGCUGCGGUCUUUGUUGCCACAGACGCUGCCUCCGAUGUUGAUCCGAGCGAAGACGGUGCAUCUAAUGCCGGUGAGGAAGCGCCAACGCCUCCCAUUGCCGGCAAAAAGGGCGCUGCCCGACGUGCUGCCGACCUGCGCAAGCAAGUGCUGCGCAACGCAGAUCGAACUGCCCGCGGACGUAAGGGCGAAGCAAGCGCUCCCGUCUCGCCCAUGCUCUCCUCGCCGGCUCUCGUUGCAGAUCCUGGCUCACCUAGCGCAAUUUCGACAGAUGGAACAGAGGAUCUCAAUCUGCCAGAUGCCACUGCAGACGAAGAUAUGCCGCCCGUGCCGGCUACAAAUGCGGGUCUGGAUGGGAUGGAGGGCGUCGAAACUGUCGAUGCGCUGCCGGUGCAGUCCACGAUUGAGGUCGAGACUAGCACGUCUCCGCUUCCUCUCGUCGAAGGCGCGGAACCUGUCAUUGCGAUCACGCUGACCGAGGAGAUCGCUAGGCGGUCUGACAGGCCGACGUGGAACUUCUUCUGCGGCUCGUCACAGUAUGCACUCGUUCGUCUCUUGCAUUUCCUGUACGAUCGCUUGUGGCAGCUCAAACGGACUGCGACUGUCCUUUCCUUGGCGCGCGUCGCACCAAGCUCACACCCGCAAGCCGCUCCAGUGUUGUCCACGAAGGGCGUCUAUCAUACACCAAGCAUUGAUGCUGAUGCAUUUUACGACAAUCUGCUGGCGCUCUGCGAGCGCUUCUGCAAUGGCGAGCUUGAUUCUCACAAAUUCGAGGAUGCCGCCCGUAAUCUCUUUGGUACUGAGGCUUGGCGUAUCUUUUCGGUGGACAGCGUUAUUCGCAGCAUCAUCCGCACCGCUCAUCAUCUAAGCGACCCGCAGCAUGUCAAUGCGGCAGCGUGUGAGCGGGUAGCACAAGAGCUCGCCAAGGAUCGAGCAGACGAUGCCACUAGUCGGGCCAGGCAGGUCGGCUAUCGCUCGCGCGUCGAGUCGGCACUCGGCAGCGAUGCAAACUUUUAUCGCGUUGAAACUGCCGUGCGACAUGACACGCUCUACAUAGGAUAUCAGCUGCUUGGUCGCGACGAUUUGCUUCCGGAAGACGAGCACACAGCCAAGGAUCAGUGGGAAGCGUAUCUGCAGAGCUACACACGCGAUUUCAAUACCGAAGGACUGCCAGCGCAAGCCUGGCGAGCGGAUGGCACACUGAGGAGCUCUGUUCUAUUGCCUAGAAACGUGCGAAAUGCUCAGUUGGGCUCGGCCGAAACGCCUAAAAGUCAGAUUGGACUCGAGUCGCGCGUCUGCUUGAGAUCGUACAGGAUGUUUUUCGUCAGUGGCACCGGCGAUACGCUUCAUCGCAAGCGGGAGGAGCCCACGAUCGGCGCGGGUCGUAAGCUAGAGAUCUUCCGUCAGUGGCUUGAUACAACCUUGCAGCAAAAGCAGGUAGAUCAAGAGGUGACUAUGGCGCAAGAGGUGCCUGAUAUCGCACUGCCGGCAGAAACCUCGUCUGUGCGCGACGAGGAUGUGAUUGUAUGAUACACAUGCAUUGGGAU